CGCCGGCUGCACUUCACCUCGCUCUGCGGCGGCCUCCCAACGCUCCGGAGCGCAGAAGAUUCAUGGGACGGAGGUGGACCUUCAACGGCUGGGAUUCACCACUUGCCCCCCUCCUCCUCCUCUUCCUCCUCCCUUAGUUGCGGCGCAUCUGAACGGUCAGUCAAGUUUACCAACUUAGUUUUGGGGCUUUUAUUCCGCUGUGGUGUCUUUGGUGAUGCCUCCAGACUGGAGCCGCUCCGGGACGCACCCAAACCUGACAGGUGCGCCUCUUAUACACAACCAAAGACUCUGUGAAAGCUGGCUGCGCGCAAAGAUGAAGGAAAACUCACUUUUUGUGGCAGUUUAAAGUCACGAUCUUGGCUUUUUUUGGGGCUGAUUAUCAGAAACCAGAUAUGGAUGGAUCAUUUUGGACCACGUAUCAGUUUGAUCUCGCGGGUUAGACAGAAUUCACACGAUGCUGCUUCCAUUCUCGAGGUUGCUGUGUUUGUGGCUGUGCAGCGAGGCCGUCGCGACUCAGCUCCACGGGCCGAAAACAAAGACGACUUUCAGCCCUCAUUAUGAAUCCGCCGCCGCUGACAGGAAUGCGCACAGCCGGAGAUGGCGCACAGUCAUCGGGGAGGACAAUGGGGAGACUAGCGGGGACACUGCGCAGGCCUCGUGGCUGGAUACUGUAAACCCGUCACCCUCUGACCCGUUGGUGACACGGGUACACCAGGGCGCUGUGCGCAAAAGCGACGCGCAAAAUGGAGCGCGGCGCAUCAGACGCGUACCCGGGGACGAAGCUUUACGCACGGAUAUAAACAAGACUGAUGGGCCGCGGAGUGGUGGGUGCACUCCGGGAGAAGUGCUAAAACAGACCACACAUGGACCCACGUGUAUCAUCGAGAGGAACGGACACAAGCGGCGGGUGAGACGGAGCGCAAAACCCGGCAAAAGGAAGCGGAGCGAGACGCUGCAGGAUGGAGCCGCCAUGGCGCAGGAGCAAGAGGACCCCGGACCCCCUUUCGGACUCAACGGCAGUGACUAUGAGGAGGAGUAUUCGAUGCCGGACUUCCCCGACGCCACGGCGCUUGUACCGGUGGAUCCGCGAACCAGACGGAAGCAGGUGAAGAACCCGUUCUACCCGGUCACCGCGGAGUCGUACGGAGCGUACGCGGUCGUGCUCACCGCCGCCGUCAUCUUCAGCGUGGGCAUCAUCGGGAACAUGUCGGUCAUGUGCAUCGUGUGUCACAACUACUACAUGAGGAGCAUCUCCAACUCGCUGCUGGCCAACCUCGCGCUCUGGGAUUUCGUCAUCAUCUUCUUCUGCCUGCCGCUCGUGGUGUUCCACGAGCUCACCAAGGACUGGCUGCUGGGAGAGUUCUCGUGCAGGAUCAUCCCCUACCUCGAGGUGGCGUCUCUCGGGGUCACGACCUUCACACUUUGCGCUCUGUGCAUCGACCGUUUUCGUGCUGCCACUAAUGUGCAGAUGUACUACGAAAUGAUCGAAAACUGGGCGUCCACUACAGCCAAGCUCGCCGUCAUCUGGGUGGGCGCUCUGCUGCUGGCGCUGCCCGAGCUGCUGAUCCGGCAGCUGGUCACCGAGGACGGCGACCCGCCUGAUAUAACGCCGUGCGAGCGCUGCGUAAUCCGGAUCUCAACUGACCUCCCGGACACGCUGUACGUCCUGGGACUCACUUACGACGGCGCUCGCCUUUGGUGGUACUUUGGCUGCUACUUCUGCCUGCCGACGCUGUUCACCAUUUGCAGCUCGCUGUUUACCGCACGCAAGAUCCGCCACGCGGAGCGGGCCUGCGUCCGCGGCAGUAAGAAGCAGAUCCAGCUGGAGAGUCAGAUGAACUGCGCCGUGGUGGCGUUGGCCAUCCUCUACGGCUUUUGCAUCAUUCCGGAGAACAUCUGCAACAUCAUCACCGUGUACAUGGCGGCCGGCGUUCCCAGGAGGACCCUGGACAUCCUGCAGCUGGUCAGCCAGAUGCUGCUCUUCUGUAAAUCCGCCGUGACGCCGGUGCUGCUGUUCUGCCUGUGCCAGCCGUUCACCAGAGCCUUCCUGGACUGUUGCUGCUGCUGCUGCGACGAGUGCGGACCGCCACGCUCCUCCACCGCCGCCACCAGCGACGUCGACAACGAAUGCACCACCACUGAGCUGGAACUGUCGCCGUUCAGCACCAUCCGCAGGGAGGCGUCCACCUCCUACAGCGCCGUGGGGACUCACUGCUGAGGUCAAAGGUCAACAGCAUUCGACGAAACUUCUUCCGUGUCAUUCCUGUGAUGUGAGGAGUUUCAUCGGUGGACGCGUUGACAUAUCAGCUUCUAAAUUCCAGAGUUUUUUAAGACUGUUGAACUUAUUUGUGUUUACUGCCGGACGACUGAAGACGUCACCGUCCACCUUUUCACUGUUUACAGAGUUUAUAUAUGAAAGAACACAGUCAGUGUUAGGGUAUAGCUUUAUGUGAUUAGUUUCUUUUAUUAACUCACCAGUAUUUUGACAGAAUCUGCACUCGGUUUUAGUUUUUGUUCACUGUGUUUAACAGAUGCUGAACACAGACAUGAGCCCCGAAAAUAACGUUUAGACGUAAACGGUCCUGCUUAAAAUGGAAAAGUCUUAACUUUGUUUUUUUUAAAUCCAUUUUCGUACGAUUUCACUGUGAAAACGAUCCAUGUGUACACGGAUCUGCAAAAACAACGGAAGACGCUGUAGUGUGCGUGCCAGGCCAGUAAGAACAACACACGUAUGCCCGAAGUGCGUCAGUGAUGUCAUCAUUCUCACAGGAUCCAUGCAUUGCCAGUUUACAUGGUAACGGAAAGCGUUUUCAAAAGAUUACAGCCUUGGACCUGGUCUCAAAAGUUUUCAGGCCCCCAAAAUGCAACAAACCGUCCCUGAGUCAUUAUCACAAGCAAAUGUGGUUUCACAUCUUGGCAUAUGUCAUAUUUUAAUCGACAUUUUAUUUUACGUGUUAUUUCAGUUCAAUUUCCCUGAAAAAAAAUAGAUUAUUUUUGUUUGUUUAGUUGUAACGGAGCGCAGGCGGAGCCCUCCAUGAGUUCUUUUUCCUCUACAGCAGUUUGUCACUCGCAGGGUGGAUAAUUGAUCUGUACACAGCUGAUCAGAGUAAUGGAUGAGAGGAUCAGCUGUUUGUGAGUGAAAGCAAACUUAAUGAUGCAACACAAUGAAUGGUUAAGUUGAACCUUCAACCUUCUGCUGCGCUGUCUUCCCCCAAGUGCGUUUUAUAUAAAUCCGAAAUGGUAUUUAUAUUCAAAUAGCGCCCCAAAUGAAAGGUCCAGCUUCCAAAAUCUAUUUGUAGCGGCAGAUGUUUUAAUUAUGGCAGCCGCCACAAAUAAAUAAAUGUGUUGGAAACCCUGAAAUAAUGAAGGAAGCAUGGACCUAUAAAAUAAAGUGUUACAUGAAAGGGAUAGUUUUGAUAUUUAAAGUGGGGUUUUAUGAGGUACUUAUCCACAGUAAGUGUAUUACAGAGUAGAAGUUGGGGAUACUUCCCCAGUUUGGAGAAGCAGGCAGGAGUACUGCCACUGAAGCUAAGUAAUGUACUGCUGUGGACUUUAGGAAUGUAAAAAAAUUAAGUUUAACCCUUUGAAACCUGGAUCAGGGUGGCUAGGAUUUGUUUUACUGCUGCCCCUGUUCACAGCAUUGCAUUGCUCAAAUUUAGUGACAGACUAAAGCCUGCUUCUCCAAACUACAUCUAAACUUCAAAAGAUCCAAACUAUGCUAAAUGUGUAGGAUAAUGAGCAUAAAACUUCAUCUUUAGCCAUGGCUGCUGUCAGCACCUGUGGUUUGUUUUUUUGGAUGUUGUCUUUCUUUGUGUGAGUGAGUCAGUGGGAUGCACAGUAAUAUAUUGAAAACAUUGGUGCUGUGUUGUGUUUGCUGAUGAUGCACUCUGCUAAGUAUGUAAUGUUACAGUUACUGUUUGUUUUUGUUUUUUUUUUUAAUUUUUCAUUGUUUUUUUAGCCACAAGAGAAGUGUCACUUAAAUUAAAAAUAUUUUAAAAUAGAUUUCUCAAACCCUGGUCUGCAUUUAAACAGCUGAUUUAUUUGUGCGGUGCAGCUCCAAAAACGGCACUUCUAAAAUCAGAAGAAAAAGUGGACAAAGGGCACUGUCAAAGUUUGUUGAAAAAUAAUUACAUGAAGAAAAUUACAUGCAGAGAAGAAAACAUGUUAAUUUAAAGAAAUAAAAAGAGUGAGACUCUAUGGCCGUCCACCCCGAGGACACAGCAGCCAUUGUUUGUACAGUUUAGACUCAACACAACAUGUGUCCUCCACCGAGAGUUACAGUCAGUCCAGUAAACAACUGAACGCUCCUCAGGCAUGAACAGAAAUCAGAAACGAGUCAGUGAAAGAGUAUCAUUUAUCAUGCACAUCAGUUUUUCAGGGUUUAUUUUUGCUAAAAUGACAAAAAAAAAAAUGCAGCUGCAGUUAAUUUGCCGCGUCAUGCUCAGCACAAACCUCAGCUGGUUUUACUCUCACCAUCGUUUCGUCAUCAUCGACGCCGCCCAGCCGGGGAGGACACAGCACGCCAUUGUCCUCGCCUCCCGUGGUUGUCAUGACGAUGGAGGGAGUCUGCCUCUCAGCUGGCCGCCGCAGUGAACAGUGCCACAGUACCACAGGCAACACAUUGAGGCUCAUUUAGUCUGAAAGAAAGUUGUCUCUGAUGGUCUCUGGUCUGAACCGGCGCAG